UUUUGCACCAGAGCAGACUACGAUACGAUCACAGUUUAUUCCUCUUCCUUAGAUUAGUCUUGGCUCUCUAAUUUGGAAAUAACGGGUUCAAAUCUCGGGGAGGUCCAAUCAGGCAUAGACACGAUUGAUAGUGCACUUUGUAAAUAAAUACCAGUGUAAUAAAAAAUAAAUAUCAGUUUACAUCGAAGCCAGCAUAGCUUAAAGCUGAGGCUUAAAAGAGAAAAAAAAUUUCAGUUUGAUUUACGAUUGGUUGUGUCGGUUACGCGAUUUAAAAUAAGUUAUAUAACUUAUAUUAUUUAAUAAACUGUACAGUGUUUGUGAAUCACACAGUUUUUUGCGGUACUCAAGACAAAUCUAAAGAUACCUUUAUAUAUUAGAGUGAACAAUAAAAUUUAUUGUAACCUAAUAAUUAAAUCUUUAUAACCUUACAUAACCUAGAAUUUCUUGAUUAAUCAAGUGAAAAUGAGUGUUCCCUAUUCCAUUGGAAUCUUGACAGUUAGUGAUCGUUGUUUCCGUGGAGAAACAGAAGAUGAAAGUGGACCCUAUUUAAGGAGAGCAAUUGAAGAGUCAAGGAAACUGAACAGUCCUAUUUUUGUGUUGAAGUGUGUUCCUGACGAAGUUUCUGAAAUUGAGGGAACAUUGAAAGAAUGGGCAGAUGUAAGAAAACUGGACGCUGUGUUUACGACUGGAGGGACAGGCUUUGCUCCUCGGGAUGUCACUCCAGAGGCCACUCGUAAUGUUAUAGAGAAAGAAGCACCAGCCAUCCCUUCAGCCAUUCUGUAUCAAAGCUUGGCUAAAACAAAAAUGGCAAUGCUCUCCAGGGCAGUUUGUGGUGUCAGGAAGAAAUGCUUGAUUAUUAACUUCCCUGGCAGUAAGAAAGCAGUAGGAGAGUGCCUAGAUGUUGUGAUAGAUUGUGUCCCUCAUGCUUUGGCUUUGUUGAGAGAUAACACUGUGUCAGUCUCUGCCACCCAUCAGGCAUUGCAAGCUUCAGUCACAAGCAAAGUAGAUGUAUCAAGAGUGGCAAGGAGAGCAAGAGAAUCAGUAUUCCCAAUGGUUGAUGUGGAAGAAUCUCUUCACAUUGUGAGGAAGAUCGUAUCAUAUAGUAUCUCCUCUGUCUCACCAUCUGAACGUAUCGAAGAAGUAUCUAUACACCAGGCACUGGGACGAGUGAUAGACAGGCCAGUCACUGCCACCUGCUCCCUCCCUCCCUACAGGGCCUCUGUCAAGGAUGGCUAUGCUGCAAUUUCUACUGAUGGCAAAGGUCCAAGGGAAGUUAUCUCUGUCAUGGUAGCUGGUUCACAGCCAAUGUCAGGAGGAGUAUUGGAGCCAGGUCAGUGUGCAAGAGUGAACACCGGAGCACCGGUACCGCCAGGCGCUGACUGCGUGGUGCAGGUAGAAGACACCAAAGUGCUGCAGGAGACUGACGAUGGCAGGGAGGAGCUGCAGAUUGAAGUGUUGGUAGCUCCCACAAUAGGUCAGGACAUUAGAGAAAUUGGCAGUGACGUGAGAGAAGGUGACGUUGUGCUCCUGGUAACCCAUACUCCUUUGACCAGCUCCCAAGUUGGCCUACUUGCUUCUGUCGGUAUUGUGUCACUACCUGUCUUCAGAUUGCCUCGAGUAGCUGUGCUAUCGACAGGAAAUGAGUUGCGGCCGCCUGGCCACAAGCUGGAGACAGGUCAGAUCUGGGAUAGCAACAAGACCAUGCUGCUCUGUCUUUUCAAGGAGCAUGGCUUCCCGACAGUGGACCUGGGCAUCGCAAGAGAUGAACCAAAUGAGACGUUGGCUAAGCUGCAGGAAGGUAUAAGAUGUGCUGAUGUGAUCGUCACUACAGGCAGUGUAUCAAUGGGAGAACGUGAUCUACUCAAACAAGUCCUCAAAGAAGACUUCAACGCAGACAUACAUUUUGGCAGAGUAAAUCUGAAACCUGGUAAACCCACAACAUUUGCAUCGUGUGAGGGGCCAGACAAACGUUCCAUUCUGUUCUUCUGUCUGCCGGGCAAUCCAGUGUCAGCAAGCGUCACCUGUCACCUGUACGUUUUACCCACACUCAAGCGACUCAGUGGUCAGAUACUGCCAGAGGGCCAGAUUGUCAAAGCUCAGAUUCAAAGUGAGCUGAAGUUGGAUCCUAGAGUUGAGUUCAAGAGGGGAAUUUACCAAGCAGCCAGCAUGGAAACUCCAGCCUCUGUGCACAUUGUUGGUGGCCACAUGCUGAGCAGCAACCUGCUGAGUGUCAGCACUGCCAACUGCUUGGUUCAGCUGCCCAGUAGGACAGAGGAGAGAUCUAUUCUGUGCAAGAACAGCUGGGUGGAUUGUUGGCUAACCAAUGAUCUCUAGGGUUUAAUUAUAGUUUUCCCGAAAAUUAUAUAGUUUUAUAGUUCCAUUUUUGUGUGUGUGUGUAUGGAAACUACUUAUGUCCAGCGGUGCUACGUUAAAGCUAGAUAUUCCUUUAAAAAAUACUAAACUUUCUAGUGCAUUAGGAACUUGAGUUAACCCUGGAAGUGGCAAAGGGCUUUUUGUUGUCACCUUCUAAUAAAACUUUUGCUAUUGGACAUUAAAUUCAAAUAGGCCAUACUGUAUAUCACAUAAUUUGUGAUGUUUUGCUGUUUAAUUUAAUAUAUAGAUUAAUGACUAAAAAUAUAGUUACAAACUACGAUUUGGCACUUAUGCACGCCUGCAAUUAUUUAAAAAAAUCAGUUUUUGUAAAAUUAGGAUAUUUUUAUUGUUUUGCAUAGAAACCAUUUUUUAACACAUGUUGUUUAUAUUAAAAAAUUAAAGUUAAUAAAAAAAGUAUUUUUUUGAAUUUUUAUUUUGAAAAUGUUGUUAUUGACUUUAAUUCUUUUAAUUUGGAUUGUAGUAGAAAUGUUAAUAUAAUUUUUUAAACAUAACUAUUUAUAUUGAAAUGUUGAGUGUAAUGUACAGACCAAAAAGAAAUUUAGUAGUAUAUAUUUUAUUUCAGUGAUUUCUAUCUUAAAAAUUCGUAAAUGAUGAUGUGCACAACUAGCUAAGAAAUGCUGUCAUUACAGAUUUUACAAAUGCCACUUCCAGAGUUACCAACAUUGGCUUAAUUGAGCUUCCUUAUAUUCGAGUUCAAAGAUAUAGAUAUAGAAAGUCUAGCUCAAUUCUUUGAGGUUAUUUCAUUUUUGUAUUAGGUAAGAUAAAUUGCAAAGGGUGAAUUGACAAUAAAUGCAAAAAGCGGGUCGGUACUGUUGAUUAUGCUAUGUGAUGCACACAAUUCUUUAAAUAGGAGAAAACAAUCAUGAAUCAUCAAUAAUCAAUUAUGCAUUUCAUUACACAUUUAAAGUCAACACCAGAAAUAACUAUGUAUCUGAACUGUUGUGAAAGGGCGUCUUCUAUUGUGAAUUUGUAAAUGUAGACUUAUUGUGAACUAACAGAUCACAACAUACAACAGAUCUACUCAUUAAAUAAUACAUUUUAUAAAUCAUUUAUCAUUGUAUCUUAUUAUAGCACAACACUUGUUAUGAUUACAACAGCAAAGUUUAGGUAUAAUAUAUUUUUCAUUCAAUCUAUUUGUUUUAUGUGAAAGAACUGGUAAAAGUCCUUUACUGUUAGUUUUUAAUAACAAUAAUUAAAAACUCUGCAAUAGAUUGUCUUUUGGAUGUAUUGCACAUCUUCUGUUAUAUCAUUUCUUUGUUUCAUGUGAAGGUUAAUUUUGGCCCAAAGGUAAUGUAAUUUUUUACUUAAAAUAUUUAAAUAUUAAUGGAAUUCAAUAUAAUCUAACUUGCUCCUUAACAAUGCUUCAGAUCAAUGAGUUUUGUUUGGUACGUAAAUAGAUUCUCACCUAUAUAAAAUUAAUUAAUUUUUUAUGUAAAUAAUUAAUCUACACUAUAUGUAUUUUUUUUUAAAUUUUAAACUCCAUUUUAAGUAUUAAAAUAUCAACAUCAACUUUUUAAACUAGUGAGACUUUUUGAUUAAAAUUUUCUUUUUAACUUAGGAUUUUUUGUAGAUAUUUGCAAUAUGUAUUAAAAAUGUCAACCCAUUUGGCAAAUAAUUGCUUAGAAAUUUUAUUUAAUGAUGAAAAUUUGUCAUACUUUUUAAAAGUUUUUGGUAAAGUCUACUCUAUUACAACAUUAUUCCUGAUUUUUCUUAUGCACAAAAAAUCUAUUUCGUAUAAAAUAAGCGUUAAUCAUAGAAGCACUUUUUGGUCUUACCAGCUGGGAGAGUUAAUGGUUAAGGAGUCUAAGACGCAGUCUUUAGAUCUGAAUUAGAGCGGAUUUCAAAUCUUGUCUGUGACAGAAUGAGCACUUUAUAAGUACCAUGAACCUUGUACUGUUUCAAUUCUUACCCAUAAUCUGUUUGAUAAAAUCUUUGCAAGGCCAGUGGCCCUUGAGGACGGACAGAAUAAGACUAAAAGGAUCAACCCUACUUAAAAAUUUUAUAAAUAAAAUGAAGCUGUUGUGCUAGAAAUAAAGUAAGAAUGACAAAUUUGACAUUGAUAAUGAGGGACGUAAGUAAGACAAAAUCUUUUGUGUUAAGAACUCAAAAUGUAUCUACUGUGGAAUUUCUUACAUUUUUGUUAUAAUGUGUAUAAAGUAUGACUCAAUAUUAGGUCCUUAUAGAUUUUGUUGUAUUUUCAAUAUAGUUCCAAUUAAUUUUAUCAGCAAGAAACCUUUAUCUAUAAUUUGAGAGGCUGAUACUAACUAAUUUAAUACCAAUCCUUUACUGAUAUGUAAAAUUAGAUUUAAUUCUUUGCUAUUCAACCUCAUUAAGUAAACAAGGCAAAAAUGUAACUGUGAUAAUGGUUGAAGAGCUCCAAUUUAUUAUUGUUAUAUGUUAAGAUAUCAGUGCCUUAUUACACGUUGUUGCAAUUUUGUACGUUUAAGGGACUGCGAGUGUUUAAUGUGAACAGAAACGCUCAGUCUUGGUAGUGUAAAAUUAUUAGUUAUUUUUAUAGAAGUAUAAAUGAAUGUUAUGAACAUCUUAAAUUAGAAAAGGAGAAAUUUAACAAUAGAUCUAAAAGAAUCAAUUAAUUUUAACUUUAAGUUGUAAGAGUCCAAUAUAAUUCAGCACUUUUGCUCAAGUAUAUCUAUGUUGCUCAACACUAUUCAAUUUGUGUCAUAUCAUUACCUCUUUAUGUAAAGAAAUCCAGAUUCGCAAAUUAUAUAUUAAAGUGUGAAAUAGUAUGCUAUUACAUUAUUAGAAAUAUUACAAUUAAUUGUAUUACUAAAACUUAUUUUUAAAUUAUUAUUGCAGUUGUUAAUGUAUUUUUACUCAAUAUUAUAAUUUUUAUUUAUAAAACAUUUUGUUUAAGGUUGUAUUGAAGCUAUGUGUUGAGUCCUGCAUGUUUUAGUGAACAUAUAUAUUUUUAUUUGAUUCUUAUAUUUAUUAAUAUCAAAAAAAUAAAACUUUUUAAUGUA